AUGAGUUCUAACAAGUUAGAUGCUCUUGAUAGCAUCAGAAGUAUUGGUAAUGCUGGUUAUUUGGAUAUUGAGGAUCAUGAAGUCAAAUUAGAUUCGGUUGCUUCUGCUAGAAUUGGCCUAGAGAACGUUGGUCGAGAAUUGACUGAUCAACAGAAAUUUUUGAUUCUUAAUAGGUUGGGUUUGGAAGGAUUGUUGUCAUUGGAUGAUUUGCCGCUCACUGCUUCUUUCAUGAUAGAGAAAACUCAGAAGUUAUCUAUUUCGGAAGCCUUGACUAUUAUUCAGGAUUCUCACAAAAAGCUUGAGGCUGAUGUGAAUAUUCCAGUAGAAGAGUACAACCUUUAUGAGAAUUUGCUUAACUCAACUCCGAACUCAUUAAGCUAUAGUAGUCAGUCUGGAAUUGAUGAAAAGCUUGAGAAGCUGAAGUUUGGUAAUGUGGAAGUAAAAGAGGCACAUUCGUUCUCUUCUGAUAGUGAAUCACAAGGAGUUUACAACCCUUACAAGCUUGUUGAUUGGGAAUUGCAGGUAAGACUAGAGGCAGCGUUGAUUGCAUACCAUUCUCCUUAUCAAGAAGUUAGAUCAGUAACUGAUCCAUAUGAUGAUCCGUCAGUACCAGUUGAGACAAUAAGAGUGUAUGUUUUAGGUCUCAUUUGGACAGCUAUUACUGCCUUUGUUAAUGAAUUUUUUGGUGAUAGACUUCCAGGAAUUUCGUUGUCAACUUCUGUUGUCCAGAUGCUUCUCUAUCCAUGUGGCAAGGCUUGGGAAUACAUUAUCCCAAAUUGGAAAGUCAAGGUUUGGAAAUACGAGGUUGCAUUAAAUCCAGGACCAUGGACUUUUAAGGAACAAAUAUUAACAGGACUCAUGUUUACUAUGGGUGGUGGUGGGAAUUACGUUUCCUCUAAUAUUACUGCCCAAAAAUUGAAUAUCUUCUAUCGCAAUGACUGGGUCAAUUUUGGCUAUCAGGUAUUGUUAGUUUUGAGUACAAACUGUAUGGGACUUGGAUUUGCUGGAGUCUUGAGAAGAUUCGUUAUUUAUCCAACUGAAGCAGUUUGGCCAACCAUCUUACCUGCGCUUGCAUUGAACAGGGCACUAUUAGACACAGAAAAGAAAGAGAGGAUUAACGGAUGGACAAUUACUAGAUACAAGUUUUUUAUUCUUGUCACAACAGCUUCCUUUCUAUACUUCUGGAUCCCAAACUACUUGUUCCAAGCUUUAUCCUACUUCAACUGGAUGACUUGGAUCAAGCCUGAUAAUUUUAACCUAGCGGUAAUCACUGGUGCCCAAUUGGGUUUGGGGCUAAAUCCAAUUUCAUCAUUUGACUGGAACGUGUUUGGGACUGGUGCAUUGGUCAAUCCAGUUUAUACAACUUUGAACCUGUACCUCGGAUCAAUCGUGAGUUUUUUCAUAAUUGUUGGUAUCUACUACAGUAACUACAAAUGGACAGCCUAUCUUCCUAUCAAUGCCAACCAAUUAUUUACGAAUACAGGUGACUAUUAUCGCGUGAGAGAAGUGCUUGACGAGAGGAGUUUGUUUAAUCAAGACAAAUAUGAUGCCUAUGGGCCACCAUUCUAUUCAGCUGGGAACUUGAUGAAUUACGGUGCUUUUUUUGCACUCUACCCGUUCGCUAUUAUUCACGAGAUUGCUUUGACUUACAAGCCAGUAUGGACUGCAUUAAAGGGCCUCGUUAAGUCAAUAAGACAUUGGAAGGCUUCUACUUAUGAAGACUUUACCGAUCCUCACUCCACUAUGAUGAAAAAGUACAAAGAAGUUCCCGACUGGUGUUAUUAUAUCCUUCUUCUAGUAUCUCUUUUGUUUUCCAUAUUAAGUGUGAAGUUGUAUCCAGCUAAUACACCAGUAUGGGGAAUAUUCUUUGCACUUGGUAUCAACUUUGUCUUCUUGAUUCCACUUACAACACUUCAGGCAACCACAGGUUUUAGCUUUGCACUUAAUGUAUUAGUGGAGUUAAUUGUUGGCUAUGCUCUUCCAGGAAAUGGCUUGGCUUUGAUGACAAUAAAGGCAUUGGGAACCGAAUUGGAUGCGCAAGCACUGGGAUUUAUCUCUGAUCAGAAGUUGGGCCAUUACAGUAAGCUACCACCAAGAGCAAUGUUCAGAAUUCAAGUCCUUGGAACAAUUGUGGGAUCAUUUGUUAGCAUGGCAGCCUUGAUUUUCAAAUUGGAUCAUUUUGAAGAUUAUUGUCAGCCACAUCAAAAAGACAAGUUUUCCUGUCCUGGAACGAACACUUUCUUUGCAGCUUCUGUUAUUUGGGGUGUUAUUGGGCCAAAGAAGGUAUUCAAUGGAUUGUAUCCAAUCUUACGUUGGUGCUUUUUGAUUGGGUUUUUGUUGUCAAUUCCUUGUGUUGUGAUUAAGUUAUACGGACCAAAGCGUUACGUCAAAUUUUUCCAACCUAGUAUUAUAAUCGGUGGAAUGAUAAGCUGGGCACCAGGUAACUUGUUCUACCUGACUGGAGGGGUUUAUUUAUCAAUCGCUUCCAUGUGGUAUCUCAAAACAAGAUUUGCAUCGUUUUGGUCAAAGUACAACUAUGUCUUCAGUAGUGCUAUGGAAGCCGGGAUUGCUUUUAGCAGUAUCAUCAUUUUCUUUGCAGUUCAGUACCACCCAAAAAAUGUGACUUGGUGGGGAAAUACUGUUCCAUUUGCCGGUAUUGAUGGAGGGAAUGGGCAACAAGCACGACUCAAUGCAAGCCUUCUACCAGAUGGUUACUUUGGCCCUAGGGUAGGUAAUUUCCCAUAA